GUUUAAAACUACUGGUUCCCUGUGUGUGAGAAAACUACACACAUGUCGAUCUUCCACGAAAAAGAGGUGCGCGAAGUCCUAAUAAAAAAGGGGAACUUGAAUCUGAACUGAAGCUGUAAAUUUUUCUUCUACGUUGCAAAAAUCAUGUCGGAAUCAUCCUCCAGGACUUCCAUCAAUAUCGCCGGCGUUUCUUCCGAAGAUCGAUCCCGGCCUAUAAACAGCACGGCAUCCGGUGACUCUUUUACAUCCACCCCUAGCAUUACUCAGUCGUUUCAUUUUUCUUCCGGAAAUCCUCGCGUGGAAGAGACCAGAGGCGUGAUGCACCUCUUCCGCAAUGAUGUCGCCUCAUCUCCCUCCGAGUUGCCUGGUGAGAGAAAACCUCUUCUAUGUGUGCUUGGGGUACCCAAUCACAUGAGGUAUUCAGACUUCUGUCAGUUUUGUGGCUCAUUUGUGCAACAUAUGCUAGAAAUGAGAAUUGUCAGGAAUGAAGGAGUAGAAGAUCGAUAUAGUAUUUUGAUAAGGUUUGAUGAGCAAGUUUAUGCUGACUCUUUCUAUGAACAUUUUAGUGGCCGGCAUUUCUCAUCUCUUGAGCAAGAACUUUGCUAUGUUCUUUUCACAAGUGAUGUGCAUUACACUGGAUCAAUUGAGCAUUUGCAUACUUCUCCCCCAAGCACUACAGAACAACCAUCUUGUCCAGUCUGUCUUGAGCGGCUAGAUCUGGACACAAGCGGGAUUCUAACCACACUCUGCAAUCAUUCUUUUCAUUGUUCUUGCAUUUCAAAAUGGACAGAUUCUUCCUGCCCGGUGUGUCGAUAUUGCCAGCAGCAGCCAGAGAUAUCAAUAUGUUUCAUUUGUCAAACAUCAGAGAAUCUCUGGAUGUGUGUUAUAUGUGGUUUUGUUGGUUGUGGAAGAUAUAAAGAUGGACAUGCUAAACAGCACUGGAAAGAAACACAACACUGCUAUGCACUUGAACUGGAAACAAGACGUGUCUGGGACUAUGUUGGGGAUAACUAUGUUCACCGUUUGAUUCUACAUAAAACUGAUGGUGAGGUAGUUAACUAUGAAGGUGGCAUUGAUCCUGUAUUCAGCGAAGCUCUUCAAAACAGCAAAGUUGAAGCUAUUGUCAGCGAGUACAAUGAGCUUCUGACAACACAACUUGAGAACCAGAAAGGGUACUUUGAGUCUUUACUACGAGAGGUUGAAGAAGAAAAUGAAAGGGAGACUUCAGAAGCUGUUGAGAAAGCUCUAAGACAGAAUACUAGGCUGAUUAAGUUGCAGGCACGGUUGGACAAAUGCUCCAAAGAAAAGAAAUUUCAGGAUGAUAUCCAUGACAAUCUUGUGAGAAACCAGAAAAUAUGGGAAUCCAAAAUUGUUGAAAUUGAGGAAAGGGAACACAAGCUCUCAAAGGUGAAGGACCAAAAGAUUAAGGACUUGGAGGAAGAGCUUAUGAAUAUGAUGGCAUGCUUAGAAUCAAUGAAUACAACACAACAGCCAUCAUCAGAUUAAACCUGGAGAAAGAGCCAGGAAUUAUCUGGCUGUGAUUUUCCAUGGAUUUCAUGUCGAGAGAAUUCCCCGUACAGGAGCAAAACAUAUAGAAAGUGUAGAAAUAGGAGUGAGUUUGUAAAAUUCCCCAAAUAGGAGUAUUCUUUAAAGCUUGGACAAGACCACCCCUGCCGGAGUUGCCACCGGAGUUUCUGUCAACUGCCAGUCGCCGGAAUCCGCCAAUAAUUUCCAGAUCAGUCCUGCCCCCUCGUUACACUUGCCGGCGUCGUCAGUUCGGCCACCGCCGCCGCUGUCGGCCGGAAUCUGCCGCCACCCAAAAAAUUCCCAGAAUGUUUCUGCUGGCAUUCUGACACAACUUCUGCCUGUCACCGGAGCUCCACCUCCGCCCACCGCAGCCCGCUACCAACAGCCUGCCCCGCCACCGACGGACUGCCCUGGUUGCCCAAGGGAACUAGGGGGAUUAAUUAGAAUAGGGGUAUUAGGGGUAAAAACAAUAAUGUUUACUUCUAUUUGGGGAAGAUUAGGAGUUAACCCCUAUUUCGGGAAAUGUGUUAUGUUUUACUCCUAUUGAGAGCAAUUACUUUUUCACGUCUGCUGCAGAUCUGCCUCGAGUUGUCUCAUUUUCAUGAAACUUCUUCUUUCAUGUCUGGUGCCUGUGAAAUUUCAUAGCAUUACAAUGAUGAACGCUUGUUUCAAAAGAAAUGACCACCCAGAUCGUGGUAGUGAUGAAUGUUCAUCCUGAGUAUGCUGGACAUAUUUUUCAUUAUUUCGUAUUUUCGCUUCAGAUUUAAUAGUUAAUAAUCUUAUGUGCA